AUGCCGUCAUCACGAAAGCGCAAGCGUGAAAAUAAGUCCUCCGAAGCGACAAGAAGAAGCAAAAGAUUACUGAAAGAGCCGCCAAUCUUUAUGGACAGUACAAAGAGAACAUACAAAUAUGAUGCAAAACCAGUCAGUGGUGUCUCGGAUUCUCGUCCUUCCAAGCACGAUGUCAAAGGGUACCAGCCUCAGCCCCAGCCCAGACAGCAUUACAAAGUCCCAGACUUCUCAAAACUAGUGAGGCUGGAGUCUUCCACGGCCCGGGCAAUCGAUUCUCGUCCUUCCAACCUCGACGCCAACGGGUAUCAACAUCAAUCCCAGCCCCAGCCCAGACAGUCUCAAAAGACAAUAUACGCUCCAGUGUACAAAGAUCUAGACUUCUCAAAGCUACUGAGCGGGUUUGGAUCUUCCUCAACCUCAGAAGAGAAGCCAAAGGGAAAAGACAAAACAGAGAACAAUCAACAACCUAGACCACCAACACGGAAAGUCCCAACUAAAGCAUUCAAGAAAGCACCCGGCGAAUCAGAGACACCCUACAACAGUCUAUGGGGAAAUAAAGAGAACUACAGGCGGGUUGACAUAGAGCAAUAUUUGAAUAAAUGCGCGGGUUCAGGUCCUCAUCCGCGUUCCUCUUACGUGGGAUUUGUGUGGAGUGAGCGAUGUGAUCGUCGAUUAAAGUUAGAAGAAGGCGAUUCGUUAGCUUAUCCCAGUGGCACGCCCACGGGACGAAGUGCAAGACGGACGCGGGAGUUCAAAGCGAACAUGGCAAGAUUUGGCGGGAACAAAGGGAAGAAAUAA